UAUUAGGCCAACUGUUUUCGAACAAAAGAAAAUUUAAUAAAAACUCUGAACAUUAUGAAUACCAAACAAAUAAAUAGCUAUAUUUGCUGCUGGCAACCGGCAUUGAAAUCGAAAGUAACCUCCGAAAAUAUUUAUUGCAUAAAAUUUAUUUGAUAGAAAAUCUUCCAACCGAACAAUGUCUCUUCGCAGACGCACUUAUUUUGUGGCCCUGCUGUUUUCUGUUCACUUUCUUGGCUCAGCCACAAAAGUAGAGGCGGAACCGGUGGAAAAAUCAAAUCGAAUUGUUGGUGGCGUCAAAUCGUUCAUCCGAAAUGUUCCCUAUCUGAUGCAGGUGUGGUCCAAUGGCUAUUUCAUUUGUGGCGGUUCAUUGGUCUCCCCGAAAUUUGUGGUUUCUGCAGCUCAUUGUGCCGUCAAUACCAGACCCAGACAGCUGACAAUUGUUGGUGGUGCCAGCAAUCUCAAUGAACCUGGUGUAAUACGUAAAGUAAGGAAAAUAAUUCGUCCGAAAAAAUUUUCAUUGAACACCAUGAAUCGAGAUGUAGUAGUCUUUAAGCUGGCCAAACCCAUGAAGGGACCUAAAAUUAAACCAAUUCCCUUGAAUACGGAACCCAUAAGGGUUGGCAUGAAAAUGAAAGUGUCCGGUUGGGGUUUGAAAAGAGAAAAUGGUAAAAGUGUUGCCACGCAUGUUCGCCGUGUUGUUGUUCCGGUCAUUGCCAAGGCGACAUGUGAAGCUCAAUAUCAAGAUGUUCUACCGCUGAGCAAUACAAUGUUCUGUGCAUCACAACCGGGGAAAAAAGAUUCGUGUUCCGGUGACUCGGGUGGACCUGCUGUCUGUAAUGGUAAACUUUGUGGCAUUGUAUCGUUCGGUGUGGGCUGUGCAAGACCUAAUUAUCCUGGUGUUUAUACUGGAAUUCGUGCCGUGCGCAGUUUUAUUAGAAGAGCUAUGAAGCAAUAGAAAAGUAAAGUUAUAAAUAAAUUAUUUG